AACAAAAAAAAGGGCUGUUCUUUUAUGUAAGGAUGGAUUAACUUUAUUUAAUUUUUAAGAACUAAUUUAAUACUUAUUUAUCGUUUGAAAAAAUUGUACUAAAACCUUCAACAGACUGUCAGGUAUAACGGUAAAAAAUUUCAGUCAAAUCGGUUCAGUAGGUUUCUCGGUUAGCGCAGUCGUAGAAAACCCCUUACAAUUUUAUACAGUAGUAGGAAUAUAGAUAAUCGUAAUUCAUUACGCAAUAAUAUAAUACAAAUUUAGGCAACGAAAACCAAUAUGUUACAUUUUUAUAAAAAUUUAUAAGAGCGCGGUGGUCGGCGGCGGCAGCUUGUUGAAUGGUGUACAUUGCUUACUACGCAGCGGCCGACAGUCGCGAUCGUGAUUGUGCCGACGCAGCCCAAACAGUGUGCGCACACGAUGAAUACCGUCCGAUUGUGUUUCGCAGCCACCGCCGUCGCGUAUCUCGUUGUCGCGAUCGACUGGUCAGCCGCCGACGCUGUGGUCUGUUGCAACAGUAGUUCAGUCACGAGCGGCAGCGGAGUCGCGUUUUGCCAGAACGAAAAUAGGACGUUCCACAUGGUCGAGGCGAUCGGCGGUGGCACGUGCGAUGACAACCGGACAGCCUUGCCGGUCCGGAAGUGCUGUCCUCCGGGCCAGCUGUACGAUCCGGAAAUGCGGUUCUGCAGACCAGCCGGGGCGGACGACGACGAGUACCUGCGGCGGAUGAUGCAGCGACUGAGAGACGGAUUCCGGGUGGUGGCAGAUGCGGUGAUGGUUGGUUACGAUUACGAGCAACCAAUGUGCGACGCAAAGCAAGUGCUAGUCGACGUGCCCGCCGUGGAGGUGCGUGGGCUGAUGGAGGCGGAACCGUCAGCCAUCGAGUUGCCACCGGACUACUGCUUUGACAUGACGCCAACCGAUGAGCUGGUGGCCCGGACGUGCCGGCUACGCGACCAGUACUGCGGCCGGGACGGUUACACGUGCGUCAACAAGUGCUGCAAGUGCGACCAGAUGUACGUCAUAGACGACGAUGGUCGAAAGUGCAAGCAGAGCGAGAAGCCGUUCACGAUAUUUGCCUAUGAAACAGACGCGGAUGGCCGUCCUGUGGGCCAGUCGAACAGCACGGUGCUGCCGUACAACAUCGAACCCCGUUGUUUCACAAAACAAAUGGAUGAGGACGGGUUCACGUUGACCACAGAUGGCAGCCUUUACCUUACCGGUGACGUCCAACGCAUACCGGAGACUGAGUACUGCGUGGAAUAUUAUGCCAAGGCCGGUGCACAGGUGGUCGCCGUCCUGCAGGCGUUCGUGUGCGGAAAAGACACACGUGACAGCUGGGUGUACAAAUUCAUACGGGCUAGUGACGUGGCGUCUGUCGUGUGCCUGGUGCUCACACUACUCGUGUACAACACACUGCCCAGCCUCCAGAACAGCCGCAACUACUACGUCAAGUUCUACAUGGCCUGCGAGCUCGUGUCGUCAACCAUGUAUGCAAGCCAAUGGAUUACAGAAGACCUAAAAGGCCAUACAUGCGUUCUAUACGGUUAUUUUACAUUAUUUGCAGUUCUGACAUCAAUUUGCUGGUUAAACGUAAUAUGUUUCGAUAUUUAUUGGAUGUUAAGGAACAACAUUUCAAAAAACAGAAAUACAUCAAUAUCAGUACGUACCAUUAUGUACCAUAUUUACUGUUGGGGAUUUUCAAGUGUUUGCGUAUCUACUGGUUAUUAUUUUCAAUUUUCACAAAGCGAAACGUUACAGAAAUUAGCACCCAACAUUGGAGACAUUGGAGAUUGCUGGUUCGAAGACAAAACUCGCUACGGAAUUUACAUUUUCUACCUGAUACCCACCAGUUUUAUGGUGACUGCCAAUUUAAUUAUGUUCUUCCUAACUGCUAUUUAUUUUUUAAGAAUUAAAUCUGAGCUCAACGAAUUCAAAGGGACAGUUUCAAAAACAGAAAGUUUUCUUGUUUACAAAGAGAAAUUUGUAAUGAGCAUCAAACUAUUUCUGAUUAUGGGAACCUCAUAUUUUUUUUGGAUAAUAUGUUCUUUAUUCCAAAUUUAUGAGGGGAUCAUAUGGGACUUUUCUGAUGCAAUGACCAGUCUACAAGGAGUUAUCGUAUUUAUUAUAUUUGUGGCCAAGCGCAAAGUUAUUAUGGACUUACGGAAUAAGUUUAGAGGUUCAAUGGAUCAUAGUGAAUCGACACAAAUUAACACUAUCUCUGGGUCCUCAUAAAUGUGGCACUGGGAAGUGCUCAUAAAAUUUAUAAUGAUUUCUAAAUUGUAAUAUGAAUAUAUAAUAUUAUGUAAAUAUUAUUAUAAUAUAUAUUAAGACUCGAAGCUUUAGGGCAUAAAAAAAUCAUUAUUUUCGUGCCUUUAAAUAUUACGUAUUUGUUUUUUGUAAUUACUAUAAAAAUAAAAUCAACUAUACUAUAAAAGCAA